AUUUAUUUAUUUUUUCAUAUUACAUUUUUUAUUUAGCUAUAAAAAUAAAUAAAAAAUAUAUAUAGUUUUUUUUUUUUUUUUAAUAAAACGCACCAAAAAAAAAUAAAAAAAACAAAAAAUAAAAAAUAUUCAUCAAAAAAAAAUUAUUAAAAAUUAAAUACCAACAUCACAAUUGUAUAUUAUUUUUUAAAAUUAUAAUUUAGAAAUAUAUAGUUUUUAAAUUAUUGUACUUUUUAUAUAUUCCUUUCAAAAAACUUAUUUAUAUAUUACACUAAAUAUUAUUUAAAUAAUUUUUAGAAAAAAAACAUUACAAAAUGUCAAAAAAAGUUCAAGCAAAACAAGGUACAGAUGAUCUUGUUAUGCUUCCAAAGAUCUCUGAAGAAGAAAUUUGUGAAAAUUUAAAAAAAAGAUAUAUGAAUGAUUUUAUUUAUACAAAUAUUGGUCCAGUAUUAAUUUCAGUAAAUCCAUUUAGAAAUUUAGGUAAUUCAGGUCCAGAUUAUGUAGAAGCAUAUAGAGGUAAACAUGCACAAGAAGUACCACCACAUGUAUAUCAAUUAGCAGAAUCAGCAUACAGAGCAAUGAAAAAUGAUCAAGAGAAUCAAUGUGUUAUUAUUUCAGGUGAAUCUGGUGCAGGUAAAACUGAAGCAGCAAAACUUAUUAUGGGUUAUGUUAGUGCAGUUAGUGGUAGCACAGAAAAAGUCGAAUAUGUAAAACACGUUAUUUUAGAAUCUAAUCCACUUUUAGAAGCAUUUGGUAAUGCAAAGACCCUUCGUAAUAACAAUAGUUCACGUUUCGGCAAAUACUUUGAAAUUCAAUUCGAUAAGGCUGGUGAUCCAGUUGGUGGUAAAAUUUACAACUAUCUUUUAGAAAAGAGUCGUGUUGUCUAUCAAAACAAUGGUGAACGUAAUUUCCAUAUUUUCUAUCAAUUAUUAGCUGGUGCAUCUGCUCAAGAAAAAAGAGAUUAUGUAUUAAGUGGUCCAGAAAACUUUUACUAUCUUAACCAAUCAGAAUGUUAUUCAGUCGAUGGUGUCAAUGAUGCAGCUGAUUAUGCUGAAGUUCGUAGUGCUAUGGAUACCAUUGGUCUCACCAAAGAAGAACAAGAUAGUGUCAUUAGAAUUGUUGCAUGUGUUUUACACAUUGGUAAUAUUUAUUUCAUUGAAGAUGACAAGGGUAAUGCUCAAGUUUAUGACCCAAACGCUCUCGAAUUAGCUGCUUCUAUGUUAUGUAUUGAUUCUGCCACACUUCAAAAUGCUAUUUUAUUCCGUGUUAUUAAUACUGGUGGUGCCGGUGGUACAUCAAAUCGUCGUUCAACUUAUAAUGUCCCACAAAAUGUAGAACAAGCCAAUGGUACCAGAGAUGCUCUUGCUAGAACCAUUUACGAUCGUUUAUUCACUUGGUUGGUAGAAAGAGUAAAUCAAUCACUCAGCUACUACAAAUCACCAUUCCAAAAUGUAAUUGGUAUUUUAGAUAUUUUCGGUUUUGAAAUUUUCGAAAAGAACGGUUUCGAACAAUUCUGUAUCAAUUUUGUCAAUGAAAAACUUCAACAAUUCUUUAUCGAACUUACCUUAAAGGCUGAACAAGAAGAAUACGUUCGUGAAGGUAUCAAAUGGGAACCAAUUAAAUAUUUCAACAAUCAAAUUGUAUGCGAUCUCAUUGAAGGUAAAUCACCACCAGGUAUUUUCAGUAUUUUAGAUGAUAUUUGUAGUACUCUCCAUGCACAAUCGACCGGUACUGAUCAAAAGUUCUUAGAGAAAAUGGCUGGUUUCUUUGAUGGUCAUCUCCAUUGGAGAGGUAUGACUGGUGCUUUUGCUAUUAAACAUUAUGCUGGUGAAGUAACUUAUGAAGCUGAAGGUUUCAGUGAUAAGAAUAAAGAUACUCUCUUCUCUGAUCUUAUUGAAGCCGUCCAAUGCAGUAAAAUGCCUUUCUUAGUUUCAUUAUUUAGCGAAGAUACUUCUGGUCUUCAAAAGAAAAGACCAACUACUGCUGGUUUCAAAAUUAAAAACAGUGCAGCUGAAUUAAUGAAAGCUCUUGCUCAAUGUACACCACAUUAUAUUAGAUGUAUUAAACCAAAUGAAACUAAAAAAGCUAAAGAUUGGGAAGGUAGUAGAGUUAAACAUCAAGUUCAAUAUUUAGGUCUUUUAGAAAAUGUUAGAGUUCGUAGAGCUGGUUUUGCAUAUCGUGCUCCAUUCGAACGUUUCCUUAGACGUUAUAAAAAAUUAUCAUCAAAAACAUGGGGUCUUUGGGGUGAAUGGAAAGGUGAUGCUUUAGAGGGUGCCAAAACUAUUCUUCAAGAUUUAAAUUUAGAACAAGGACAAUGGCAAAUGGGUAAAACUAAAGUUUUCAUUCGUCAUCCAGAAACUGUUUUCCACUUAGAAGAAAUGUUAGACAAAAAAGAUUUCGAUUGUACUGCUCGUAUUCAAAAAGCUUUCCGUAAUUGGAAAGCCAAGAAACACUCAUUAGAACAAAGAGCUCAAAUCGCUCAUAUGUUUAAAGAUAAAAAAGAAAGACAAAGAAAUUCAAUUGAUAGAAAAUUCACAUCAGAUUAUAUGGACUUUGAUAAUCAAUUUGGUAUUCAUGAAGCCAUGAUGAAUGCUCAAAAGAAAGAAAGAAUAGUUUUCGCUGACACUGUUACUAAAAUCGAUCGUCGUGGUAAAACUAAACCUUAUGAAAUGGUUGUUACCGAUCAAUCUAUCUAUUUUAUCGAAAAAUCAAUUAAAAAGAAGGUUUUGGUUCAUACUUUAAUCCGUCAAGUUUCAGUACGUGAUAUUAGAGGUGUCUCAAUUUCAACUCUUUCAGAUAAUAUUGUAGUAUUCCAUUUCCCAGAGUAUGACCAAGUCGUCGAAAAUGAUAAAAAGACUGAACUCAUUAUCGUUCUUGUAGAAUAUUAUAAAGCUCUUACAGGUAGUCAAUUAAAUGUUACUUUUUCAGAUAGAAUUAAUUAUACUUUGAAGAAAGGUGAACAAAAAGAAAUUAGUUUCCAAAAGAAUGAACAAUGCCCAACUGCAGUCACCAAGAAAGGUGGUAAAGGUUUGGUUUGCACCAUCGCUACUGGUUUACCAAGUUCAACUGAUUCAACUCCAAAGAAUUAUAAUCCAAAUUCUAUGACCUCUGCUGCUCGUCCACCAGCUAAUGCUGGUAGAGGUCGUGGUGCUAUGCCAUCAGGUGCAGGUGCAUCAAGAUCAUUACCAUCACAACCACAACAACCACAACAACCACAACAACCACAACGUCAAAUGCCACAACCAGGAGGUAUGCCACAACCAGGAGGUGUUCCAGGUGGAAGAGGUGCUCCAAUGGGUGGUCAAGCCCCACGUCAAAUGCCAGUUCCACAACAACAACAAGCUCCACGUCAAAUGCCAGUUCCACAACAACAACCACAACAACAACAAGCUCCACGUCAAUUACCACAACCAGGCGGAAUGCCACAACCAGGUGGUAGAGGUGCUCCAAUGGGUGCUGGUAGAGGUGCUCCAGCCGGUGCUGGUGCAAGACCAUUACCAACUGCAAAACCAGCUGCUCCAGCAAGACCACAAUUAAAAGCCCUUUAUGAUUAUGAUGCUACAUCUGGUGAUGAAUUAUCAUUUAAAGAAGGUGAUAUAUUAUUUGUAGUUCAAAAAGAUCAAGGUGGUUGGAGUGAAUGUGAAUUAAGAGGUCGUAAAGGGUGGUGUCCUACCAGUUAUACUGCACCAAUGUAAGAGUGUAAAAAAAAAAAAGUAUAAAAUAAUAGGUAGUUUUUAAAAAAUAAUAAAAUAAUUAUUUAUAUAAAUAAUAACAAAAAAAAAAUAAUAAAAUAAAAUGUAAAAAUAAAUUAAAUUUCUAAAUUAAACAUCU